AUGGAAUACUAAUAAACAGCUUUAUCUGUAGAUCGUAAACAAAAUAUACCAAUUGAGAUAUGGAACUAAUUCCUUUGUAAAUUUCCUUUAUGCUCAGAACAAUAUAAAUUGCCUGCUGAUGCUUUCAAAGAAAAAUCUAAAUUCCUUUCAGCUUUGAUGAUUGCUAAUAUUUUUGAUAUAAUAAUAAGCUGGCAACAAUUAACGAAGCUUGACCAUAUAUAAAAGUAGUUUUAAUAGAUAGUGGAUGAUUAAACUCAAUCAUAGCUCAUAAAAAAUCAAUUUCAGCACUACAUAAGCCAUUUUAAGGUUUUGUUGGAUGAAUUGAAACCCUUUGAUUUUAUAGAAAUUUACGGUAAUUAAUUAUCUAUUGAGAAGAUAGAUAUAGUUUAAGAAUACUUAAAAAAUAAAAGAAAGAAAAUAUACGAUUUUUUAUAAGAUAAAGAUAAGAUCAACAUUCUAUUUUAAUUGUCAAUAGGUAUAGUUUUGAGUUUCUAUCUGAAGUCUGAAUCUUAGGUAACCAAAUCAUAGAUAGAUAAGUUAAGUAGGCAACAAAUUGUUAACAGAUUAUUAUAACUCCGUACUGAUGCAGCUGUGGAAAAUAGUCCAUAGAAUGAUUUUAUUUUGGAAGAUUAUGUAGUCAUAGCCAUUUCGGAUUCACUAAAUUAUCCUAUCCAUGUUUUUAUUAAUGAUUUUGACACAAAAAAUAAUGGUCUUAUACAAAGGAAAAUUCAUUAAGAAUAAAAUUAGGAUAAAGCUGUAGCUUUCUUAUUAGAUAAUGUUGAAAACAAUAUCUAUGUGAGAAUUUUAGCAUCCAAUCAAGAUAUUCUAUAUGCUUAAAAUAUGAUUAAUAAAAAACAAUAGCAACAGGAAUCCAUUGUAAAUUCCUUAUCAUAAAUCCUAGGCAAUAUACUAAAUCAGGUCAUGGAGGAUUUUUGUAAUUUCAAUAAAUUAUGGAUUCUUAAGAUAUUAUAGAUUAUAAAUCAUGGAGAAACCUAGACUCUUAUUGCAGAUCAACAACCUAUAAAUAUAAAUCAAUAAUUUAUAAAAUAUAGUGUAGAGCUAUUUUAAUUGCUGAAAUUUGAUCUCACUGCCCAAUAAGAAUUUGUAAAGAACUUCGAAGAGAAUUUGAAAAAAAAAGAAUAGGUUGUCGAAAAUAUCAUCAUCUCCUAAAUUACAAUGAUUAGAGAAUAAAUGCAAGUGAUCAUAAAUGAUUAUAAGUAACUCUAAUCUUAAGUCCUUCAAUAGAGUGCAAUUUAAACUUAAUAGAAAAGCAAAUAAAAUUUGACAGUUUGGAUUAAGCCUAAAGAUAUAGACAACGAUGUGCCUUAAAAUGAUGAUUUUGAUUAGUUUCUUCAAACUGAUAACUAAUAAUAAUUUACAUAACAAUAAGUUAAUAAUUAAAAUCAGCCUAUAAACAAUGAGGUUAAUAAUUAAUAUCAGCCUAUAAACAAUGAGGUUGGUGGAAAACAUUAUCCUAAAAAAUAGAAUUAUUGUAAAAGUGAAAUUAUUAAUAAAAAACUUACUACAACUACUGAAUCUUAAAAGAAUCGCGAAGGUGGCAUAGUGAAUUUGGAAGAAAUGUUAAGUUUUUAAAAAGCCUCUCUCAUAUAUAAUUAGAGUGCGACAUCACGUAAGGUACAAUCAGAAAUUUAUAAAUCUUCUAGAAUAUAAAAAGAUAGUUUAAAAUUUACUCCAUUGAUCAAAUAAAAUUCUUAGAUUAGAAAACAAGGUGAUAAUAAUAUAAUUCCUGAGAUUUUUGACUAAAGCAAGAUUUCUGAAAUCUAAAGUGAAAAACACAGCGUUGUUUCUGUUGAGAAGACAUUUAAAUGUACAAGCUGCUAUGAAUACAAGCAACCUGAUGAAAUCAGAACUCUACAUGAUGAUCAUAAGCUUUGCAAUUUUUGCUUAGAAAGUUGGAUAAAAGUGAAAUUUAAUUCAAUACAAUGGAACUAUAAAUAUUUUCAAUGUCCAAUUCAAUCUAGUGAUGGGUAAACUCAUUAACCUUGCGACUAUAUAAUUGAUCAUUAGUAGAUAAAAGAUGCUUUGACUGCUGAGGAAUUUGAUAUGUUGAUAGUGAAUACUAUUAAACAUGGAAUAGUAGAUAUAAUCUGUCCGAAAUAAGAUUGUAAAGCAAAUAUAAAAGGUAUACCACCAGAAGAUAAAAAUGAAUUGCUAUGUCCAAAUUGUUCUACUAAGAUUUGUUGCGUAUGCAAAUAAAUAGAUCAUGGUGAUUCUUAAUGUCCAUAACGCCUAGAUGAAAUAAAAUUGGCUUUAUAGGAUGAAAGGAUUAGUUGUUGUCCUGGAUGUCUUGAAAUAUAUAUGAAAAAUGAAGGUUGUGAACAUGUCGCUUGUGCAAAGUGUUUGACAGAAUUUUGUUUUGGUUGUAGUGCUUAUAGAAAACCAAUUUUAGGACACGGGGCUCAUUUUCAUAGAGAAGGUUGUUUAUCAAGAAUACCAUGGUAUAAAGAUAAAGAUAAAAAGAUAGAAAAUUUGGAUGAAGAAUAUUUACCUGAUGAGUGUGAAUAUUGUAAGUAACAUUAAAAAGCCUGUCCUCGUCCGAUUAGUUUAUCAGAAUUCAAGAGUUUAGCUCAUUUAAAUUUUGAAAAUAGUUAAAUGUGA